UGGCGGUCUCUUAAAAUAAGCCAGCAUUGUGUGCUUCGAUCACUGGUUAGCUUGUCGUUGUGUCAUAUAGUAGCAAAUUGUGUCAUCUAUCUCUUAAAUCUGAAAGAAGUCAUUACAAAAAAAUGUAUACAUGUAUACACAUGUUCAUCCUCGUCCUAUACAUUUUAGUAACUCCUCAAAUAAUACCAUAUGCUGUUGGAGAUUAUUCUAAAGAGGACAUCAAUCGUCCAAAACCCGACUUAUAUUCAGUUAAUCACGUUAACAGACUGAUGAAUAUCUUUCCUAGACAACAAAUUGAUAACAGGAAUAGAGGCUUAUGGGCGUUACCUUAUCCUUUAUCCACUUACAAUGGCUACGAUUUAGAAGGGACUGUGCCACCAGGGCACAUGAUGAAGCGUGAUGGUCCUCCACUGUCCAUCGUCAACGCAUUAGAUGUUCUGAGACAACAGCUAAUGUUGGAUAUGGCAAGACAAAAAAUGAGAGAGAAUCAAAAUAAAAUACGUCAAAACGAUGAAUACUUAAAGAAUCUCGGAAAAAGAAGCAUUUCCUCUCAGAAAGAUGUUUCCAGGUCUAUGGAUGGUCUGCACAGGUCUUCGUAUCUAGAUAAAAAGGUACUCCAGACAUCAGAAGUCUGAAUCAGCGUAUAGAUUUCUACCCGUCUCUGUUUAAAACGGAGAAAUUUUUUGCAGAUUUCCAUUGUGGAUUACAUAUUGUAAAAAAAAGGAAAAAAAAUAAGAUAAAAGAGAAAAAAAACCCUUCAAAAAUUAUGUAAACAUUGUAGAAUUUUUGUCAUGUUAUCGAUAAAGUCUUUCACUUCUAUAGUUAUCAAUCUAUUUUA